GUAAAUUUUAAGAUAAAAGCAAUGGUAAGAAUCAGAGAAUGUCACAUUCAAGUAAACCUCUGAUUGUGAGUGGACCUAUUUAAAACAUAUAUUGUGGUGAUGUUAAAAGAAGCCUUUUUCUUCGCUGCUCUCGCAGUAAUUGUCGUAAGCGCAAUUAAUGCAGAAAGCUUGGUAGACGAAAAUGAAAAUGAGUUCGAUGGACUCAAUCGUCUAAAAAGAUCUCCCGAAACUGAAGAAGAGAAAAGGAAGAGAGAACGGGGAUGGCACGUUUCACCUGACGUUGGAGGAGAUGGAAAAAAUGUACAAGGUGUUCUAGAAACCAAAUAUGUAGGUGAAAAACACGACUUUAACGCUGGUUGGGGAAAAGUAUUCCAUGGUCCGGGAAGAGCGAAGCCAACUUGGCAUGUAGGAGGAACCUUCCGUUUUAAAAGAGAAACCGAAGAGGAAAAAAGGAAACGAGAAAGAGGUUGGCAUGUUUCCCCUGACGUUGGCGGAGAUGGAAAAAAUGUUCAAGGUGUUCUAGAAACCAAAUAUGUAGGUGAAAAACAUGACUUUAACGCUGGUUGGGGAAAAGUAUUUCAUGGACCGGGAAGAGCGAAGCCAACUUGGCAUGUAGGAGGAACAUUCCGUUUUAAAAGGGAAACCGAAGAAGAAAAGAGAAAACGUGAACAAGGAUGGCAAGUUAAACCUGACUUAAGCGGUGAUGGAAAAAAUACUCAAGCUGCUGUAGAUACUGUGUAUAAAGGUGAAAAGCAUGAUUUUAAUGCUGGGGUAAGUCAAAUAAUUCACGGCCCUAAUAGAGCAAGACCCACAUGGCACGUCGGAGGAACAUUUAGGUGGUAAAAGUUAAUAUCACAUGUACCAAUUUUUGUAUUUAUUUUAUUUAUUUCUUUAUUUAUGUAUGUAUAUAUAUUUUCCAAUAAAAAUAUUAUUUUCUAUCUGAAA